UAUCCUCAUUUGGCCCCUGUUGUCUUGCGCGGCGCCUGCGUUGUCGAGAAAGGUUUCUUGCUGGUUGCCUCUCGCGGCCUUAAUUGUGUAAAUUCGGCUUCCGGAGCUAGAUACUUUCUGUAAUAGCAAGAAAAGACCGGUCGGCAUCGAUUAUUGCAUAUUGCCUUAAAUUAGCUAGUGUAAGGAAAUAUGUUUGUUUAAUAUCUUAACAGCCAUACAUACAUUACUAGAAUGAGCUAGCUAUGCAACGGUUGCUUGUUAGCCAGCUCACAGUCUAGUUAACGCCGACGUCUAAAACCUAGCUAACGAGCUUAGCAAAUGCUAACCCUUCCUAGCUAGCUCUACGUUGGAUAUUGUUAUUUACCUGCUUGCUUAGCUAGGUCUAUGAGACUGCUGGAAACUAUACGGACCUACCUCAUCACUAUAGUUAGGUAGCUGAAUAAUUUGGUUGGCAGGAUAUGUGUGGGAGUAACGUUCAUUCCCGAGUCCGGGCAAGAAGUACCCGGAAGGGACGCGCAACUGCCGCCUUUGUUGAUGUAUGAUCAAGCUAACAUUACUGUAGACAAUAGCUAAUAGUUGCAGCGAUUAGACUGUGUAGGAUCCGGCAAUCAAGCUUUCAAGUCUAAUUUGGGAUAAAUGGUUCGAAAAGAAAGCUCAGCACUGAUUUAGCUGCAUCACUAUCACCACCACAGCCAGUCUGCAUCUCCUGUCCCCACUACCUCCAUCCAGUCCCCUGUGCCUGCCUGUCUUGUCUGCUCUGAGAGAGACCGGUCUAUCUGGGCUAUACAGAGCAACGAAGAACAAACACAGCCGACAUCGAAGCACCAGCACUGACUGGUUUUUGGCUCUAGAGACCACACCAAGGACUUAGACAGAGAGCCCAGUUGGAGGGUAACUUCCUGCGCCACUCUUAAUUAACACUAAGAGGGGAACCAACCUGAUUUUGAUCACCCUGCAUCCUUCUCUUCCAUAACAGGGGAACAGAAGGAGGAGUUGCUACUUUAGUUUUUUUGCUGCAGAGGUCUUUAUCCUGGUCCUGGGACACUGCGUAUUGUUUUGGUCAACACCCCUGCUCUGUUCUGCCCUGACGACAUCAGCCAACGGUGGUGUCACAAAGCAGAGGGGUCUCUGUACCCUGUUGUCACUUUGAUUUAUUCUCGCACAUUCCCCCCCCCCCCCCCCGGGUUGGUUUUGAGUCAUCACCGCUGUCUGCCUGCCGACAUCAGUCAUCACAAAGCAGUGGGGUCUCUUUCUGUAGGAGUCUGCAGUAGCUUUUAGGUUAUUUAUCCCCCCCCCCCCCCCCCCCCCCCCCCCCGUUUGGUUUUGGAGCCCGGUUCUUUUACCGGCUGCUUGAACUGCUGAAACUGGGGCGCGAUUCAUGGGAUGCAACCAUGUCGGAUCUCAGUGAGCGCAGGCCAGUUAACAUGGACUACGCGGUCUCCCUGCUGGAGCAGCUCAACUUCUUCUAUGAGCAGAAGUUACUGACUGAUGUGGUGCUGCUGGUGGAGGAAAACGAGUUCCCAUGUCACAAGAUGGUCCUGGCAACAUGUAGCUCCUAUUUCAGGGCAAUGUUUAUGAGUGGUCUGUCUGAGAGUAAACAGACUAAUGUUCACCUGAAGAACGUGGACCCUGCCACUCUCCAGAUCAUCAUCACCUACGCCUAUACAGGCAAUCUGGCUAUCAAUGACAGCACCGUGGAGCCACUCUAUGAGACCGCCUGCUUCCUACAGGUAGAGGAUGUGCUACUGCAGUGCAGGGACUACCUGGUGAAGAAGAUCCAUGCAGACAACUGUGUCCGGAUGCUGAGCAUCGGGGAUCUGUUCUCCUGUGUGGAGCUGAAGCAGAGCGCCAAGCGCAUGGUGGAACACAAGUUCCCCGUGGUCUACCGUCAGGAGGCCUUCCUACAGCUGUCCCAUGAGUUGCUGGUCGACGUGCUGUGCUCAGACAACCUCAACGUAGAGAAGGAGGAGACGGUGAGGGAGGCUGCCAUGCUGUGGCUGGAGUAUAACAUGGAGGCUAGGUCCCAGUACCUGUCCUCAGUUCUCAGCCAGAUCCGCAUCGACGCUCUCUCCGAGGUGACUCAGCGUGCCUGGUUCCAGGGCCUACCGCCUAACGACAAGUCUGUCGUAGUGCAGGGCCUCUACAAGUCCAUGCCCAAGUUCUUCAAACCCCGCCUUGGCAUGACAAAGGAGGAGAUGCUCAUCUUCAUGGAGGCCACGUCAGAGUGGCCAUCUGACAUGGGUCAGGUGAUGGCGGGCCCCAACCACACGGUGGUGUGUUACAGCCCGCAGGCUGAGAAGGUCUACAAGCUCAGCAAUCCACCCGGCGACCUCCAGAAGGUUGGGACGCUCGUCACACCCGACAACGACGUGUUCAUUGCCGGCGGGCAAAUCCCGCUGAAGAACUCGAUCGCCAACCACGGGAAAAGCGGCGGCAAGCAACAGGCAGUGUUCCGCUCAGUGGAUAGCUUCUUCUGGUUUGACGCCCAGCAGAAUGCCUGGGUGCCUAAGACGCCCAUGCUGUGUGCCCGCAUCAAGCCCUCUCUGGUCUACUGCGAGGGUUACAUCUAUGCCAUCGGGGGGGACAACGUAGGCGGGGAGCUAAAUAAACGUACCGUAGAACGCUAUGACUGUGAGAAAGACGAGUGGGCUAUGAUGAGCCCCCUCCCUUGCGCCUGGAACUGGACCACGUCCGUAGCAGCCCACGACUGUAUCUACGUGAUGACCCAUGACCUCAUGUACUGCUACUUCCCUCGCGCUGACACCUGGGUAGAGAUGGCCAUGAGGAAGACAAGUCGCUGCUUCGCCUCCGCUGCCACCUUCGGUGACCUCAUCUUCUACAUUGGAGGGCUCCACGUUGUCUCCAACUCGGGCGUCCGCAUGCCCACCAGCACCAUCGACGGUUCCUCUGUCACCGUGGAGAUCUACGACGUCGGCAAGAACGAGUGGCGCCUGGCCGCCAACAUCCCUGCCAAGCGCUACUCGGACCCGUGCGUGCGGGCCGUGGUGCUCCUUGGCGCUCUGUGCAUCUUCAUGCGGGAGACUCACAUGAACGAGCGCGCCAAGUACGCCAUCUACCAGUACGACCUGGAGCUGGACCGCUGGUACCUCAAGCAGCCCGUGUCUGAGCGCGUGCUCUGGGACCUGGGGAAGGACUUCCGCUGUGCCGUGGGGAAGCUAUACCCAUCCUGUCUGGAAGAAUCCCCGUGGAAACCACCCACCUACCUGUUUUCCCCCGACGGGGCUGAGGAGUUUGAGGUGGACGGGGAGAUGGUCUCUCUCCCUCACAUAUAGCUCUUAACCUUCCACCUCUCUGCCCCCAAACGGAGUCCCCAAAUUGCCCUCUGAACUCUGGGUGUGACGUGUCGAGGGAUGGACCUGAAAGCCAGAGGGGUAGGUUUGAUGUCUGUUCCAAAGGGAUCUGAGCGCUACAAGGCUGUUCUGCUGGCUGGCUGUUGCUGACAAACAAGCUUAUACAAAGCCUCAGACAUUGAAACUAAAAAGUAAUAUGGGAAAAGUAGAUUUGUUUUUUUCUUUUGUCCGUUGCAACUUCAAGUCUGUUAUACUGUUUCUACAAUGUGAUAAUUGAAAGUUGACUGAUUUGUGAUGAUGCACUUACUGGCGCAAAGCUCCUUGGAAUAACUGUACCAAAAUCCUCCUGGUCUCCACCUCUUUCUCUCUAUCACCACUGUUGUAAACCCACAUCCAUCUCUCCUAGGGACACGUGGCCUGUGUCCCAGCCAUAUGGUACCCUAUUCCCUAAGUAGUGCACUAAAUAGGUAAUACGGUGCCAUUUGGGAUGCUCGUAGUAUAGGAACAUACAGGGCCAAGUGUUAGGGGGGGGGGGUUCUAGGUGGUGACUGCAGGUCCAGUCACUACUGUUUUUUUUUCUUUUUUUUCUUUUUCUUCACCUCUGCUCCAGACACACAACCCCCUGCCUCUCCCCUCACUCCUCUUGUCCCCUGCUCACACUAACACCACUCAACCUCCUGCCUCUCCUCUAGUCCCCUGCUCACACUAACACCACUCAACCUCCUGCCUCUCCUCUAGUCCCCUGCUCACACUAACACCACUCAACCUCCUGCCUCUCCUCUAGUCCCCUGCUCACACUAACACCACUCAACCUCCUGCCUCUCCUCUAGUCCCCUGCUCACACUAACACCACUCAACCCCCUGCCUCUCCUCUAGUCCCCUGCUCACACUAACACCACUCAACCCCCUGCCUCUCCUCUAGUCCCCUGCUCACACUAACACCACUCAAGCCUGCCUGUCUCUUAGGCUGUGUGUGUCCCAAAUGGCACCUGACUCCCUACUUUUGACUAGGGCGCAAAGGGCCACCAUAGGCUUGUCAAGCUGGCACUGUGGCGCUCUUGCCAAAAGUAGCGUCCUAUAUAGGGUUCCAUUUGGGAGGCAUCCUUAGUCAAUCUCUCUGGACACAGGUCUUCCACAGAGCCAGCCAGCGGUUUACAGAACGGAGCUCACCCUAACCAACCGCCAUCUCAUCGUCGUGAUGGGAGGUUUUAUGCCGGCUCUUUAUUUGACAAGCGCGGGUCUCUGCAACAACACACGUCUCCUUCACGCUAUCUCAAUACUCUCAUCAACUAUAGAUUUUUGGGCUCAUGCAUUUAAAAAAAUAUAUUAUAAAUUCCCCCUAAGCUGCUGAAAUAUAUAUAAAAAUAUUUUUCAUGUUUAAAAAAAGAAAAUAAACUGUUUUAGUGUGGGGGAAAACAACCAGGUUCUAUUUUGUAUUAGUAUUUUUUUAUUUUAAAUCAGACAUUACUGUAGUGUGAUUGUGUUUAGGUAUCCACCCCCCCAUCAGAUUAUUUUCUUGUGUGAAAUACUGAGGAAUCUUGCUGCUGAUUGGGUCUGGGAAGGAGGGCUGGCCCAGUGCUGUUGCUAUGGAAAUUGUCCAGGCAACCACUAGCGGUAGUGGAGAACGACUGGAGGGUGGUAUGGGAGGGAAGGAGCGGACGGCGCUGCUUCAUGGUUCCUACCUUAAACAUGAGCACAGGUGCUUCAUGACAAACCUUACUAGCAUGUUUGGCUGCAUCAUGUUCCUUUGGCACUGUAUUUUGAAUGAACGUUAAUUUAUUAAAAAACAUACCAAAACGUUCUCGAAAA